UGACGAGAAAUAUAAAUUGUUGUUGAGAGUGGGAUUUGAAUCCAGGCCCUUUAGGACCAGAACCUUAAUCUGACACCUUAGACCAACUCGGCCAUCUCAUAGAUCUUGGUUUCAAUGGCGAUUUCCAGAGUGGGUUUUGUAGCAAUAGUUGUGGGGUUAUCUUUACUGGUUGAAUGUGGGGUAGCUGGUAUGUAUUCAUCAAAGUUAGUUCAUAGAUACUCUGAUGAAGUGAGAAGAAAACUUAAGGUUUCAAGGAAUGUGCCGCAACAUAGGAGUUUGGAGUAUUAUGGAAGGUUGAUGAAUAGUGAUUUGCAGAGGCAAAAAAUGAAAGCUGGUUCUCAGUUUCAGCUUCUUUUUCCUUCUGAGGGUAGCAAGACCAUGCCCUUGGGGAAUGAUUUUGGAUGGUUACAUUAUAUGUGGGUUGAUAUAGGAACACCGAAUGUUUCCUUUCUCGUUGCACUGGAUGCUGGAAGUGACUUGCUGUGGGUUCCAUGUGAAUGUGUGCAAUGUGCUCCUCUUUCAGCCAGUUACUAUAGCAGCCUGGAAAAAGAUCUAAACGAGUACAAUCCAUCUGGCUCAAGCACAAGUCAGUUCCUGUCGUGCAGCCAUCAGUUAUGUGAACUGGGUUCAAAUUGCAAAAACCCUAAGCAGCCUUGCCCGUACACUGUGAACUAUGUAUCGGAGGAUACAUCCACAUCCGGAGUGCUCGUAGAAGAUAUCCUGCACCUUGCAUCAGGCAGCCGUAUGACAGCCAACAACUCUGCCAGGGCUCCAAUCACUUUUGGAUGUGGUAGUAAGCAAACUGGUGGUUACCUAAAUGGAGUUGCACCUGAUGGCCUUAUGGGCUUGGGACCUGGAGAGAUUUCAGUUCCCAGUCGUCUUGCCAAAGCUGGAUUAGUCCGAAACUCCUUUUCUCUUUGUUUUAAGGAAGAUGAUUCAGGAAGGAUUUUCUUUGGAGACCAAGGGCCUGCUAGCCAGCAGACAACUUCUUUUCUGCCUUCAGAAGGACAAUUUGUUACUUAUGUUGUUGGCGUGGAAUCAUGUUGUCUUGGGAGCUCCUGUAUUGAUCAGACAAACUUCAAAGCCAUUGUGGAUAGUGGGUCAUCAUUUACAUUUCUCCCAGAUAAAAUUUAUGAUAGUGUUGUUAAAGAGUUUGACAGAGAAGUGAAUGCUACAAAAGCUAGCUUUGAAGGAUAUCCUUGGCAAUAUUGCUACAAAUCCAGUUCUGAAGGGUUACCGAAGAUUCCUUCAUUUACUCUGAAGUUCAUGACAAACAGCACCUUUAUAGUCCAGGAUCCUGUAUUUGUGAUUUAUGGCAGUGAGGGUGCUGUUGGAUAUUGUUUAGCUGUGGAGCCUUCAGGCAUAGAUACCGGAACGAUUGGACAGAACUUCAUGACGGGAUAUCGCAUGGUGUUUGAUAGAGAAAACCUGAAACUGGGUUGGUCGCGCUCUGACUGUAAAGACCUUACUGAUAGUAGUAGACUUCCGUUGGCUCCAGCAAAUGGUAGCUCGCCAAACUCACUGCCAACAGAGCAGCAGAAUACCCCUAAUAGCUCUGGAGUGGCCCCUGCUGUUGCCGGAAGGACACCCUCAAAUUCUGCAUCACCAACUAGUCGCGGGAUGCCAUUCAAGUUAUGCUUGACAAAGUUGCUGUUUCAGUUGCUGUUUAUAUCAAGUAACUUCCGACGGUUCUUAUAUACAUUGACCUUAUAAGCCUUUAUAUAUUGGUAUGCCCUAUAGGUUCAUAUUAUAGAUGUGUAGUUUUCCUUGUAAAUCCUGUCUCCGUCUUUUGGAGCCGUUUUUGUUUUCUUAUUUCCCAUCCCGCGUUUCUUUGCAUUUUUAGGGUUUAUUGUUAUUUUGAUACUAGCCAUCAGAUAGGAUGGGGCUGCUAAGAUGAAGAAGAGCUUGUUUUAUGCCAUCUUCUAACUUUGGAUGUUCAAUUUCUUGUUCCCCUACUGUUAUACAUACAUAAUGCUUACUGUUGAA